AUGAGAAUUGUUCCACUUGAAAUCUUGAAAACCAAUAAUUAUAGUUAUAUUAUUAUCUGUAAUAAAACUCUAGAGGCAGCAAUAGUAGAUCCAGCAGAACCAGCGGUAAUAUUACCAUAUCUUGAGAGACUUAAAAAUGAAAAAAUACAUCUUAAGUCUAUUAUAACAACACAUCAUCAUUGGGAUCAUGCAGGCGGAAAUAGAAAAAUGCUUGAAAGUUACCCAUAUGUAAAAAUAUAUGGGGGGAAGGAUUCAGAAGCAGUUAAUCAUUAUGUUAAGGACAAAGAAACUUUCAAAAUUGGAGAAAUUUUCGUCAAAAGUCUUCAUACACCCUGUCAUACAAAAGAUUCUAUAUGUUAUUAUGCGGAGGAUGAAAGAGAAAAGGCAGUGUUUACAGGAGAUACUCUUUUUAAUGGAGGGUGCGGUAAAUUUUUUGAAGGAACUCCUGAACAAAUGUACAAAAAUUUAAAUGAAAUUCUUGGAUCUCUUCCUGGAGACACAAAAGUUUAUCCUGGUCAUGAAUAUACAAAAUCCAACUUAGAUUUUGCAAAAACUAUAUUCAGCUCAGAUAAAUUAUCUGAAGUCUCUAGAUUUGCCGAUGCCAAUAGGAUUACAUGCGGAAAAUUUACUAUUAAUGAUGAAAAAACUUAUAAUCCUUUUAUGAUGGUUAAUUCAAUUUGUAUUCAAAAGGUCAUAGGAGAAUCAGAUCCAGUGAAAGUUAUGAAACAAUUAAGGGAAAUGAAAAACAAGUUUUAG